AUGUACCUUGCCAUCCUCGCAUGUCAGAACGACGGACACCUCGUAGCGCUCAUCUUACGCAAGAACAGCCUUGACAACUACGAUAUCGGUAUGAUCCUGCCGGGCUACUCUACUUAUUCUGCUCGAGCUGUCCUUCUCCACGCUUCGCUGAAACAAAUCCUUGCUCAGCCUGCUGCUAUCACGUUCACGGACGUCUGCGUCACCCACCGGACAACCGCGUUCAAGUUCCAGCCUCGGAUCACCAGUGCUCCGCUCAGUAUCGGGAGCGUAACUCGCGCAGGAUGGGACCGCAGUUUCAUGUUCCGCACACCGUGCACGAUCUUCAUCCCCAAGUGGAUUCUCUCUCAGCUCGGCGACGCAGGAUGCAUACCGACGUCGGUCAGCGACGGAGACCUAUUCAUCGUUGGGCCGCCGAAGGCCAGCGCGUGCACAAUCACGUUCGCCAUCCCACGGGCGACUCUCCGCUUCUCAGUCUCUCUCUCGCAGUGCACCGCGCCACAGGACAAGGCGUACUUCCUGGGUGCGGGCUUCUUGCAUGCCGCCCUCGCGUACUGGGACGAGACCGAAACUGGACCCGCCGAAACUACCGUACUGGCGGAUUGCGCGGCGGAACAUGUCGUGGAUUGGGAGGGCGCAGCUAGAACGUGGGAUGUCCCUGGGGCAGGCCCGAUCACGCUUCGGUUCAAGAACUGGCCCUGUGGCGAGUCCGAGUCCGAGAGCGCGAUUGUCCAGCCGUUGUUCGCGUUGGAGGUGCACGUACCAUUGGCCUGCGGAGACGAUUAG